AUGUCGACGACUGCUAUCAUUAUUUUUGUAUUAAUCGUUACAGUUAUAUCUGGUCGAAUUCUACUUUAUGAUACUGAAAAUGGUCAAACAAAUGAAAAAAUCGAUUGUGUUUAUCAUGUAUAUGAUAAUGGUGAAGAAAUUCCAUAUUGCCAACGUCUUGCUGGAGACGAAAUACUCAAUCGAGAUAAGAGAGUAUGCGAGAAUCAAGGUCAAUUUUUUUCAUUUCGUGAUUUAAUCAUUAAAAAUAUUCUGCCAAGUGAUGUUUCCGACUGGAAUUCAAGUAUUGAAAUGGCUGAUUGGUAUGCACAGUUCUACUACAAUCAGUCAUCAUUCAGAGACGGUGAUGAUCAAUUUUUAUGCAAAUGUACACAACCUGGAACGUUUGGCAAAUAUUGUGAAUAUCAAUUGACACAUUAUGCAGAAUCAUUCAGUGAUGCUAUUAAAGCUCAAUUUGAACAAAAGCGAGAUGGUGAUUCAUGGAAUACUCAAAAAUAUGGAAAGAUUCUUUGUUAUCAGACAUUAAUAUGCGAUCAUGGUCCAUUGUGUCUUGAUUGGCGAGAGAUAAAUGAUGGCACACAACAAUGUUCCUAUGGUAAUGAUGAAGAAAAUUGGGAUAAACUGGAGUUCAACGAAUGCGAAGAUGAUGAGUUUCGAUGCACAAAUGGUAUGUGUAUUCCACAAGAGUUUUGGCUUGAUGGUCAUGUCGAUUGUGUGGAUUGGAGUGACGAACUUGAUCAAAGUUCGAAAGAAUCAUGUUCUUUCACACCAAAUGCAAUGGAAUGUGAUGAGCAUAUAUGUCCUCGUCAUAGUUAUUCAUGUGGAGAUGGGCAAUGUGUCGAUUGGAUAACUCGAAUGGCAUUUCAACAAAUCUUGCCAGCACAGGAUGAUUGUUUCAACAAGCGUAAUCUAAAUUACAUGUGUGAAGUAAGUCCACAUCGACGUGCUUGGACACUUGAAAAUGGAUUAUGUUGGCCAGAUGAAGACUAUGAUGAUCCUCGAUAUCCUCCAUCAAAUAUGAUCAAUGGAUCUACAUUGGCACACGUAGACAAGUGUCAAUAUCUAUUACGCUGUGCUUUGUCCGAUGGUUUCGAGCAUGAUUGUCCUUGCAAUCUUCUUAACUGUACACAAAUGAUGAGCAGUGUAUGUCCAAACAACACUUUUCUUUUCUAUCCACCGCCAGGAUUGAUCAAUCCAAAUAUCUUGUUUUAUUAUAACUAUAAUCGAUCUGGAGAAAAUGCGACAGUCGGUGGUUUUAUGUUUCAAGGAAAUCAACGAUGUCGCGGAUAUCAGUUCACGCUUGAUAAACCUACAUUAUUAUCCUUCUCGUUAUCCAAUGAAAUAGUGUAUUUUCACACUAAUAACAUAUUUUGCUCUUUGAAUGAAUCUUCAUUAGGAUAUCAGGAUUAUUUAUCACCUUUUCAAUACGAUAAGUUUUGUUACAAUGAUUCUUUAACGUUCAACGGCCGUCCAUACGCUGUCAAUCCUGAUAUAUGUAAUCGUACUGGAGAAUGCAUAUCACAAUAUCGAAUACAUGAUGGAUUUCAGGACUGUCUAACUGAAGAUGAUGAAUUCAGUGACUUUGAUAAAAAUUAUUGUACGGGGAACAUCGGAAAGCAUCGUUUUCAGUGUUUCAAUGAUCAGCACAAAUGUCUCACGCUAUUCCACUUAGGUACAGGAAUAAGUGAAUGUUCGAACCACUAUGACGAAAUAUGGUAUGGGAGCGGCGUAUCCCUUAAAGAAAGUAUUGCAUGUUAUAAGAACGAUACUGUCGAUUGUGACCGUUUGAAAGAAUACAUUAGUCAGUCAUCGAUGAAGAAUACGCAUUCAUUCGCCCAUUCAUUAGAAGAAACGUCAAUCACUCAGAUACCUUUCCGAUCGUAUUGUGAUAGUUUCUGGGAUUUACAUAAUCACACUGAUGAAUCACCGCUUUCGUGUCAAAUGUGGAUAUGUCAAGAUCAUCAAUAUCAAUGUCGAACAGGGCAAUGUAUAGAACUUGAUUGGGUAUGUGAUGGAGAAUGGGAUUGUUCAGAUGCAUCCGAUGAAGAAGCUAUAGUUCUUAUAACACACUGGUCUGAUCACAAUAUUAAUCUCGUUGGCUCACAUUCUCGACUUGAGAGAUGCUACCAACGAUAUUCCAGAUCACCUUUUUCGACUGUCUGUAAUCUAUCUGCUGAAUUUGGAUGCUAUCUAUCCAACGUAUUAAAUCCUUUAAACAUGACAAUGAUUCGUCCAUGUAUUAAUCUCACGCAAAUAGGUGACGGCGUCGAAGACUGCUACAAUGCUUAUGAUGAAAAAAAUACAUUCGAAAUAAAUUCAGAUAUUGGUAACAUGUUUGGUUUUCAUUUACGUUGUGGAGAUCAUUACGAGCCAUACUCAUCUGCUUGCUUACCAGAAGCAAAGAAUAACUGCAGUAAAAUUCUCUGUUCGAAUCAUCGAAGUGAAACUGAUUCAUGUUCUAGUAUGCAUGAUGCCAUGUGUCUCAACGGAAGUUGCGUGAAAAAUGGGCGAUGCAACGGACAAUCUGAUUGUUUGCAUGGAGAAGAUGAGUAUUGGUGUGCACCUAAUACUCUCGCAAAUCAACCAGUAUAUCGUUACAACAAAAAGACGGCUACCAGAUCGAUUAUGUACUCGGUUCUGGAAUUUCCAAAUCAAAAGCAAUUAUUAAAGCAUAUCACCAAUCCACGCAAUGAUUAUUUUUCAAUUAUGCAUUCAUAUCAAUGUAAUCGGGGUGUAGCUAUUCUGAAUAGAAAUGAAACUAUCUGUCUUUGUCCGCCCGCUUACUAUGGUCGCUGGUGUGAAUUUUUUAGUGAUAGAAUUAGUGUUAUUACACAUCUUGAUCAGAAAACAUUGUUAAAUAAUACAUUCAAAAUCAAGGCAACACUUAUUUUUGAAGACCACAUUAUCGAUGAUCAUGAUUUUACUAUUAUUCCAACAGUUGAAAAUUUGAAAAAAAUCAAACAUAAAUUUUAUCUUGUCUAUUCACGAUCUGCUCAAAUGCUUACACACAAACGAGUACGCUAUUUCAAUCGAACUGAUGUGAUCAAUCAUCAUCCAUAUUCUGUUCACUUUGAUGUAUUCUCUCUUGAAAAAGACAAUAGUGUGAAAGAACUAGGCUCUUGGCAUUAUCCUAUCUAUUUUGAUUAUUUACCAGCGUAUCGUCUGGCUGUUGUAUUAAAAUUUCCGAGUUGGUUUUUGAAUAAUACAACUAAUCCCUGUUCACAACAUAGUUGCAAUAUAAACUCUACAUGUAUGCCACUUUUUAAUCAAAAUGAUACUUAUUAUUGCUCAUGCAAAAGUGGAUAUUAUGGAAGACAUUGUGAGUCGUACUUACCUCGUUGUGAGACAUACUGCUCGGCCAAUGCUCUUUGUCGAAAGAAUCCUAAUAAGCUGGAACCUGAUUGUAUUUGUCCACUAAAUCGUUUCGGCCCAAGAUGUAAUUUAAAACACGAUGGCUGUGACUCGAAUCCGUGUUUGAAUAAUGGAACUUGUUUUUCUACUGAUGAUCAGAGUGGUGAAGCAUCCUAUAUGUGUCGCUGUUCAAAGCGAUUCUACGGAAAUCGAUGUCAGUAUGAGAUGGGAUCUGUUCAUGUUAAUUUAAACAUGACACAUACAGCAUUGAUUAGUGCAACUGUUGUUCAACUUUACGAUAUUCAAACACCUUCUUUUCAACUUGUUAUCCAACAUCAGCAAGUAUCCUUUGCCAUACCAUCAAAGAUUAACUACUACCAUUCAGCUGCGUAUGCGCCUUCACUUGGUCUUUUAAAAAUUUAUCAAAACUUAACAUAUCCACAAUAUUUCAUCAUAUAUAGUUUACCUCAAAUAUCAAUUAUUAAUAUUACUUCGACUCCACAGCAUUGUCCACAUGUAUCAUUGCUACUAACUAAGAAUGACAAUACGUUUGUUCCAUCUGUAUUUCUAUAUCAUCUCAUCUGUCGAAGUAAUACUCAAUUGUUAUGCUUUUAUGAUGAAAACUAUUUGUGUUUAUGUCAAUCGGACCAUUAUCGUGCUGAAUGUUUCAGUCACAAUACUCAACUUGAUCGUUGUAACUACUGCCUAUCCGGUGGAAAAUGUAUGCAAGGAGAUUUGAAAGAUCCUAACGAUUUCAUUUGUAUUUGUCCUCCUUCUUAUUAUGGACAUCGCUGUGAAUUCAGCUCAGAAUUUAUCAACACCACUACUAGUGAAUUAUUGCCUAGUAGCACUUCGAAAGCAGUAGCAAUUGGAUAUACUUCUAUAAUCUUUCUACUUUUUAUCUUUGGUUUCCUACAUAAUUUCUACCUUGUUACUCAUAUUUAG